AAAGAAGUGAACAUCAUCACCUCCACAAGCGUCAACGUCAGCGCUCCUGGAUACGCCAACAGGAUCUCGUUAGACCGAUCCACAGGAGCCCUGGAGCUCAGAAACCUGGUGCAGGAGGACAGCGGGGACUACACAGUCACCGUCACACCUGAUGGGGGGCAGCAGAAACUCGGGAAGAUUACGCUCAAUGUGUAUGUCCCGAUAACAGGAGUCACCAUCCGCAGUCCUGCAGCCACCCUGAUAGAAGGUCAAAGCUCCACCAACCUGAGCUGUGACGCCUUCGGCUCCAUCAGCACCAGAGAGUGGCUGAAGGACGGCCUUCCUCUCCAGCUCAGUAACAGCAUCAGCUUAUCAGUGGACAACAGGACGGUGUUGAUGCAGCCCGUCCUCAGCUCCAGCAGAGGCGUCUACGAGUGUCGACUCAGCAACCCCGUCAGCACCAUGGUGGCGACUCUUAAUCUCAUUGUUAACUAUGGACCGUAUAGCACAUCCAUUAUUGGACCACCAGAAGCUUCGUUUGGCCACAGAGUGACACUGCAGUGCACAGCAGAUUCUUUCCCACCAGCAAACUUCAGCUGGAGGUUUAACAGCAACAAGACACAUGUCAGUAAUUCCUUGUAUGUCAUAGAGACGUUUGAGGAGAGAAACAUGGGGAAUUAUACAUGCACAGCCAGAAAUAUGGUGACCAUGAAGGAAAACUCUUCAGUUCUGAAUCUGAGAGGCUCACUCUCCAUGUGA